AAUUGGGUGGGUUACUCUUCGGAGGGUCGGUGUGGACUUGUUUCCACACUGUAGGGAAUCUAAUCUAAAGAAAACUAAUCUGGAUACAGGAGGGUGGUCCCUGGGACCCUGCGGAAACCUCGGUGGGAGGUCUCAGAUUCCAGACUUGCCGGGUUCGAAGUUCAGCCUUUAAAUAAACCCUGCAAGGGAGCUCUGUUCAUCCGGCUUUCCAGAACUUUCUAGCAGACAGCCGCGUUUAGGGGGUCUUGGCCGAAGAACCAAAAGGACCAGAAAAUCUCAGGGAGUGAGGGAAAGCAGAAUGACAAAGGCAAAAGUUGACAUCACUUUGACAAAAUUUCAAGGAUUAGAGCGCCCCCUUCUGCUGGAACCAUGUGGGUGAGCAAGCUGCUGAUCGUGGUGCUCCUGGCUGUUGCAGUGGCUGAGGAGAAGCUGGGUGAACACACAGCCGCCCUAGCAGACAGCAGCAUCAAACUGGGCCUGAGCCUCUAUCACACUGUGGCCAAAGACAAGGGCGCUGAGAACAUCCUCCUCUCUCCCGUGGUGGUCGCUUCUUCACUCGGCCUAGUGUCCCUCGGUGCCAAGGAGCAGACCGCCAGCGAAGCAAAGGCAGUGCUUGACAUGGGUAAGGUGCAAGAUGACAAGCUGCACUUAGCGCUGUCCCAGCUACUCACUGAGGUCAGCAACUCCACCGCACGCAACGUGACCUGGAGGAUGGGCACCCGGCUGUACAGCCCGAGCUCGGUCACCUUCGCUGAGGACUUUGUGAAGAAGAGCAAAAAGCACUACAACUACGAGCCCUCCAAGAUCAACUUCCGGGACAAGAAGGGAGCCUUGAAGUCCAUCAACGAGUGGGCGGCAGAGACCACUGACGGCAAAGUCGCUGAGGCAACCAAAGACCUGUCGAAAACAGAUGGAGCUAUGAUCAUCAAUGCUAUGUUCUUCAAACCUCACUGGGAUGAGAAAUUCCACCAUAAGAUGGUGGACCAGCGCAGUUUCAUGGUGAGUCGGUCUCUUUCGGUUGCGAUCGACAUGAUGCAUCGUACAGGUCUUUAUAACUUUUAUAAGGAUGACACCAACCAGGUGAAUGUGCUGGAAAUGCCCCUGGCCCACCAGUUAUCCAGCAUGGUCUUCAUCAUGCCUCACAACGUGCAGCCUCUGGACAACCUGGAGAAACUGCUGACCAAGGAGCAGAUCAAAACCUGGCUGGGCAAGCUCCAGAAAAGGGCUGUGGCAAUCUCCUUGCCAAAAGUCAAGCUGGGGGUCAGCCACGAGCUGCAGAAACAUCUGGCCAGUAUCGGUCUGACCACCGCGGUUGACAAGACCAAAGCUGACUUGUCAAAGAUCUCUGGGAAGAAGGACCUGUACCUGGCCAAUGUUCUCCACGCUGCGGCUCUGGAAUGGAGUACCGAUGGAAACCCCUACGAUGCCUUCAUAUAUGGGCGGGAGGAGCUGAAGAACCCUGAGAUCUUCUAUGCCGAUCACCCUUUCUUCUUCCUGGUCAAGGACAAGAGGACAAACUCCAUUCUCUUCAUUGGGCGAUUGGUGAAGCCUGAGGGCAGCAAGAUGCAUGAUGAACUGUAGCCACUGCUCCACUACGAUGCUAAAGUCGCAGAUGAUAUAGCUGAUGCUCAAAUUGCAACAUGCCUUUAAGUUGUUCUUUUUUUCUACCCCCCCCCCCCCCCCCCAAAAAAAAGUCAACUAUUCCAUCUUGCAGAUUUGACAUCCUGUCUUUGGGUUAGAGUGUUAGUUGUUUUUGACAAUGACCAUCUCCAACCCCCCAUUCGGUGGGAUAUUGUCAGCUAGUUUACAGCCUGUUUGUCCCCAAAACCCCCCCUCUAAAUUUUGGGUGGACUUGAACCAAGAGAAUUUGAGGCUUAGAAGUCCACUCUGCCUCCAGUGAAAUUUGUAUUAUUGCUUCCACCUCAAUGUUUGUACUUUUAAUCAUUACCAGGAAUUGGAAAAGAUACUAUACAGAAGCAAAUCAAACUAAAAUCCUAAGCUGAUCUAGUUUCUGCCAGCAGAUAUGCCCCUCCCCCAGAAAGCCUGCUUCCACCCUCUCCGUCUCAUCCUGUCCCCAUUUUGGCCAAUUCCUGUCUCCCUCACUUGACCUUCGCUUUAAAUGUGUCACUGUAAUCUGCUUCAACCUUUCCAUCCACAUUCGAACCAUUCCCUGAGUAAGCAAGUUCCCCCUGAAUUCCCAAUGGGUUUAAGUUACUGUCUUUCUAUUGAUUUAGACAAAAUAAGUAGACCACGUCUAGUUAUUUUUUUGUUGUCCAUGGGAUGUGGACAGUGUUGCCUGGGUCAGCAUUUAUGCUUCAAGCUUAAUUGCCCCUUGUGAAGGUGGGGGUUAGCUGCCGCCUUGAACUACUGC